CGAAACACCACCAGCCCGUAUCGCGUUCCAUCUGCCCACCAUGCCCACCAAGACCCGUCCGAUCGAGAAGUUUGCCACGGCCGUAGGGAAAUGCUCAGCGGAGGGAGCCGUAUAUGGAAAAUGCAUCGUCGCGGACUACAAAAACGUCACAAAAGACAAGUGCCUUACCGAGUUCUUGAAACUUAAAGAUUGCUAUCUAGCCGCAUACAAGACACGGUGAUGGUUCAUCCUAAUGGACCAUCUGAACCAAAGAUGCCCAUGCCGUAGAGGGUGGCUGUAUGGCUCACUGCCGCCUGUAAUAGACUGGGAGAGCCUAAUCAUGCCUAGCCUGCGUUUGACUGUCAUAACUUUGAUGGCCUACGCAACAGGUGAAGCUGAGCUCCAUUGUAGAGCUACCAAAGCCACUUGUCCCUCUGAUCACUGUACAUUAGACCAUGUACAUAAGUACUUGUAUCACAAAUUUGGUUGUAAACAGUUCAAAUGCCAUACUUCAUUGGUCUAGCAUCAUAGCUUUGGACGCUCUAUCAUCAGGUAUUCUAUCAAC